GGAAGUGAGAGACGGUUUGAAAAACAGUUGAAAAAAAAAGAAGAAAAGAAAUAGAAAGCUCUGUCCGUCCGGAAAACGUUGGGAGGCUCUCAUUUCGUCCUGAGCUUUCGGGGUUUGUGUUUCUGACUUCUGCAAUGGCAAGGGCAAUGGCAACGACAAUGGCAUUGCCAUCUCUAAUUUUAGUCUCUCUUUUCUCCCACAAACAACUCACAAAAAACCCACCAACAGAUUUCACCAUUUCACAUAAACAAAUACCAAAAACCAAAAAAAAAAAAAAAAACUUUUGGUCCAUGGAUGAAUCUACUGGUUUUCUAUCACAAAAUAAUCUGCGCCUUCUGGGUUCCUGCAUUUUCUCCACCUAAAAUAGAAAAACAGAGAAGAACCCAUUUUCACCUUUUCUUUCUCGGAGUUUGUGGAAGAUGGGUCACCAUUUUCUUGGGUUGUGGAUUGUUUUCUUUGGAGUUAUUGCCACUCGGGUUCUUUCCAAAACCAAUGCCCCAGAUGUCUCUGCCCUUAAUGUGAUGUAUACUAGCUUGAACUCUCCUUCGCAACUAAGUGGUUGGCAAUCAAGUGGAGGCGAUCCUUGUGGUGAUUCCUGGGAAGGAAUCAAAUGCUCGGGCUCGUCUGUCACUGAAAUAAACUUAUCUAACCUUGGACUUUCUGGAUCAAUGGGUUACCAGCUUUCAAGCUUGACAUCUGUCACCUACUUUGACUUGAGCAAGAACAACAUCAAGGGUGAAAUACCUUAUCAACUUCCUCCGAAUGCUCAGUAUAUCGAUCUUUCAGAGAAUGGCUUUACAAAUAAUGUGCCGUAUUCAUUUUCUCAGAUGACGGACCUUGAAUACCUGAAUCUUGCCCAUAAUCAGCUCAAUGGACAGCUUAGUGAUAUGUUUGGGAAACUGACAAAAUUAAAAGAGCUGGAUCUUUCUUCCAAUUCACUGACGGGCAAUUUACCUCAGAGUUUUGGAAAACUAUCAAGCCUCAUAAAAUUGCAUUUGCAGGAUAAUAAAUUUACGGGUCCAAUAAAUGUGCUUGCCAACCUUCCCCUUGACGAUCUGAAUGUUGAGGACAAUGACUUCUCUGGCUGGAUCCCUGAGGAGUUGAAGGGCAUAAGAAAAUUAAAGACUGGAGGCAAUUCUUGGUCAUCCGGGACGGCUCCACCUUCUCCUCCUGGUGAAAACUCUUCUGUUCAUAGAAAAGUAAAUGAUGACGGUAUAAAGUCUCUUGUCACUGGAUUAACAAUAGCGGGGAUAGCUUUGGGUGUACUGGUGUUGCUUGUAAUUAUAAUUUCUCUCUUUUCGAGAAAAUCAUCUAGGCAUUCUUCACAUUUCUUCGAUGAAGAAAGAUUUAGCCAGCAAAAGUCAUUCUCCCCUGCUUCUCAGGAGUUGCCAAAAGACUUGCGUUCUGACAUAUGCAAAGACUAUAAAGAUCUUAGGUCUUCAUCUACUUCAAUUGACAUUAUGCCUUUUCAAAAAUCUCCUUCAAUUGGUGGUAGACCUGCACUUUCUUCUGGGAAGCAAUCAUUCAGCGAAUCUGAGUUUGUUAACCGCCUGAAUGCUGGAAGAAGCAUGUCCAUUCAUGCUUCAUCUUUCCUUUUGGGAGAUUUGCAGGCUGCUACUGCUAAUUUCGCAUCGGGUCGCCUUCUUGGCCAGGGAUCCACUGGACGUGUUUAUAGGGCUAAAUAUGCGGAUGGCAAGGUCUUAGCUGUGAAAAAGAUUGAUUCCUCACUAUUUAGAGGUGGGAGACCAGAAGAAUUUUCUGAAAUUGUCGCAAACAUUUCCAAGCUUCACCAUCAAAAUAUUGCGGAACUUGUUGGUUAUUGUUCAGAACAAGGGCAUAACAUGUUGAUUCAUGAGUAUUUCAGGAAUGGCUCACUUCAUAAUUUCUUGCAUAUGUCGGACGAGUACAGCAGACCGCUCACGUGGAAUACCAGAGUCAGAAUCGCUUUGGGCACAGCCCGGGCAAUUGAGUAUCUUCAUGAGGUUUGUUCUCCAUCAUUAAUACACAAGAAUAUCAAGUCGUCCAACAUUUUGCUCGACGCUGAACUGAACCCUCGUCUCUCUGACUGUGGCUUAGGAACUUUUCAUCAGCGCACUAGCCAAAAUCUUGGUGUUGGAUACAAUGCACCAGAGUGCACAAGGCCGUUGGCGUAUACGUUGAAGAGUGAUGUUUACAGUUUUGGGGUGGUCAUGUUGGAGUUAUUGACGGGUCGUAUGCCUUUCGAUAGUUCGAAACCAAAAGUGGAACAGUGUCUCGUUCUAUGGGCUACUCCACAGCUUCAUGAUAACGAGGCAUUGGAGAAUAUAGCAGAUCCUGCUUUGCGCGGACUCUACCCUCCGAAGUCAGUCUCUCGAUUUGCUGACAUCAUUGCCCUCUGUGUUCAGAGGGAACCUGAAUUUCGGCCAGCGAUGUCGGAGGUGGUACAGGCAUUGGUGCGGUUAGUUCAACGCUCAAGUAUGAAUAAGAGAGGCGAUCUAGGAGGUUCUCGCCAGCUCGAUGAUUACGACUAUUAACUAAUUGUUUUAAAAAUGAUGUACACGUUGAGAUAGACAG